AUGACAUUACGAUCAGCAAGAAGCAAAACAUUGCCAUUGACAGACUGGCAACUCUUUACGAAUAAUGGAAAUUUUAAUAAUCCAUUACCUCCUGAUAGAAGAUUAAAUAGACGCUAUCCUUAUUUUAUAGGCGAGAUAGAUACCAAAAGUAUUCGUACACGUUGUAGAACUGCUAGAAGUCGAAAUCAAUCGGCAAUCACUGCAAGUACAACAAGAAUAUUAAGUGCAAGAUCUAUCUACUAUCGACGUCAACCAAGAAUAAAACCUAUUAAUCUUGAUCUUGAUGAAGGAGGCGAUGAAAUUCAGGUUCUUCGAUCUCCGAAGUUACCAACAGGUAGAGCAUCGACAACUUGUUCACAGCGUUCUCAUAUUUGGGAACCUCAAGCUUGGUCAUUCUCUUGUCUACAUCGAGCGAUUAUUGCUAUCGACGAACAAGCUAAAAAAGAUUAUCUAGCUGGUCGAACAAUGAACGCACUUGCGGCAUGGCAAAAUGCACUUACCUUCUGUGACCAAUUAAGUCAGCGAACUCAAUUAUGGCCCGAAAACAAAGUUCAACUUGAUGAAGAAAUAGCAGCGUUAAAACGAACAUAUAAAAAACAUAUGGAAGAAAUUAUGAGAAAAAACAUGAAUAUUCGCCCAAAUCCAUUUUUGGUACCAACAAGAAAAUGUACGAUGUGUCGAACAGAACAAUUGCUGGACCAAUUUCAUGAAUGUUUUAGUAAUGCUUGUCAACAUGUUCAACGUACUAUUUGUGACAAUUGCAUUUACAAAAUUGCAAAAUCUCGACUUCAGAACUCUCCUAAUAUACAAACAACUUGUCCAGAACCGAAUUGUACGGCAGCGUUUGAUAUUAAAAAAAUUUGUCAUAUGAUUCCAUCUGUGAGUAAAAUCGAAUCGGUACAAACUUCUAAUCAUCACACGAAGAGCCAUAAUCAAGAACGAAAAACUGAAUUCAUUUGGUGUGCUCAUGAAGAAUGUGGAUCAGGACAAUUUCAUAUUCUAGGUCAAACUGCGUCUCCAAUAGUUACAUGCGUUCUAUGCAAACGACAAACAUGUUCUAUACAUCAUAUGAAAUGGCAUAAAGGAGUUACAUGUGAAGAAUAUGAUCGACAACAAGAAGAACUUAAAAAAAUAGACAAACAAUGUCCCAAAUGUCAAUUUAUAAAUGAAAAGAAUCCUGAUACAGAUCGAACAAUAUGUUCAAAAUGUAAAUAUGAAUAUUGUUCAGAAUGCAAAAUAGAUUAUAAACAAAUUCAAAAGAUUGGUGUUAAUCAUCAUAAAACUACAUGCAGCCAUUAUAACAAUGUUCCGAAAAAGCAAACAUCAAAAUCAAGUACUUGUACAAUCUUAUAG